UGCCUCUUAGCCAUCAGGAACAUCUAGUCCUUUGUUUUACCCCAGGCAAAGUAGAACUGGAUUCAUGCUUGGCUUAGGUGUGUCUAAAAUUGUCAUCUCUAGUAGAAGGUCUUUACAGUCUGGCCACUUUUGCUGUUUAAGACUUGAGAGCUUCUGAUCACUGCUUUCUCGCUAUUUCAUAGCGUUGGACAGAGAGCAAAAAUGAUGAUGUGAUACUGUGAGAUACACCAGCAGUCAUUCACCCUGCUUGGUUUCUGGAGCCCUGUUCCACCAUCUUCUUGCAAGUGUUCUACCUGUAGUUGAACCAUCAUCUGAAUUCAUGAACAACUUUGCUGUGGGAAGCAAUCACUCUGAAGAUGAGAACAUUUAUUCUCAUAUUUGUAGAAUGCCUUUAUGUCUGUAUUCAAAAGGAACAGGAUUUUUAAAAACUUAAGGUUUUUUUAGAAUUACCUUCUGGUGCUCUGCUUACUGGCCUUUCUCCCUCCUUAAAUGCACAAUAUCUCUUAUCUCUCAUCACCGCACACACUAUAUAUCAGUGGAGAAUCAUCUACCUCUUUUUAGAAUUGUUUUUUUUCUGAUUUAUUCCUGAGAUUCAAGAGAUGCAUAUAGGUUCAUCUAUAGCUCCUGCAUGUCAAGAUACCCAACUAUUCAUAUUCCUUAGGAGCACUGGACAUGUCAUAAGUGACACAUGUAUAUGAAACAUUUCAUAUGUAAUAUAGCUCUAGAGUAUCCAGUGAAAACUUCUGAUGUUCUUGCUGCCCAAAUAAAUAUCGUUAUCCAGGGUGGAAAAUCAACUGCUGCUGCUGCUUCUUAGUGACUGAAGUCCUUAUUCAGGUGGUCUCAUACCUCCUGCUGAGAUAAAGCUAUUUUUCUUACCCUAAUUCUAAAGUUACUGCUGCUGUUAGUCCUGUGUCUCCCAGGCACCCUCAUACUCUGCUGUACAAACUACUAGGUCUACUGUGGACAACUAAGUGGUCUGCUUGGGCUUCUACAUGAGUUAAUCAGGGAUGCUUCCCAACUAAUGUUCAGGACAUCCAGCAGCAAAUUGCUGUACAGAGGAGGAACAUACUGUUUAACUUGCUUUUUGUUUGAGAGUAUACUCUGAAUGUGGUUAUAUUUGGCAAGAAAGAAGCUGGUGAGCUUUGAGACUCUGUUUUCCCUUGGAUCUCCAGGGGCCUUACCAACCCUCCUGCAAAACAUCAAUUUAUUCAUUUCUUGUGCAGUACCAGCAAACAGCAUGCUUGAGAGACUUGACUUCUAUAGUAUGUGGUUUGGAGGAGGAAUUACAUCCUUAAAAGGAUGGCUUUUGGGGAUGAUCCCACAACACUUUGUCCAUACCCAGAAGAUCCAGCAGUGUACAAACCACUCUCCCAGGAAGAGCUGCAAAGGAUAAAAAAUGAAAAGAAACAGAAACAAAAUGAGAGGAAACAGAAGAUAUCAGAGAACCGCAAACACUUGGCCAGCGUACGGGUUGUACAGAAGAACCUUGUCUUUGUGGUAGGGCUAUCUCAGCGCCUAGCAGAUCCAGAGGUUUUGAAACGGCCAGAAUAUUUUGGGAAGUUUGGUAAAAUACACAAAGUUGUCAUUAAUAACAGCACAUCAUAUGCAGGCUCACAGGGUCCAAGUGCCAGUGCAUAUGUAACCUACAUCCGGUCAGAAGAUGCUCUCAGAGCCAUACAGUGUGUCAAUAAUGUGGUGGUAGACGGCAGAACACUUAAGGCAUCAUUAGGUACAACAAAAUACUGCAGUUAUUUUCUAAAAAAUAUGCAGUGUCCAAAACCAGACUGCAUGUAUCUACACGAGCUGGGAGAUGAAGCAGCCAGUUUCACAAAAGAGGAAAUGCAGGCGGGUAAGCACCAGGAAUAUGAACAGAAACUACUGCAAGAAUUAUACAAGCUAAACCCCAACUUUCUCCAGUUAUCUACGGGUACAGUUGACAAGAACAAGAACAAAGUGACAGUACUGCAGAGGUAUGAUGCACCCAACAGUAAUAACAAAGAUGCCUGGCCAUCAUUACAGAGUUCAAGUAAAUCAGCCAACGGUUUAACAAUGGAACACAGGAAAACGCCUCCUAUAUUAGAAAAUGGCACAGACCCAGAACACAUGACUCCAGAUGGUGCAGACUCAGAUUUCGGCCCUAUCGACAAACCUUCAGAUUCCCUCAGUAUAGGAAAUGGUGACAGCUCUCAGCAGAUAACAAACAGUGACACACCUUCACCACCACCUGGUUUAUCAAAACCCAAUCCAGUCAUACCCAUCAGUUCAUCUAAUCACAGUGCACGGUCCCCUUUUGAAGGGGCUGUAACAGAAUCACAGUCGCUCUUCUCUGACAACUUUCGGCACCCCAACCCCAUCCCAAGUGGGCUCCCUCCAUUCCCCAGUUCUCCACAGACUUCCAAUGACUGGCCCACAGCACCAGAACCACAGAGCCUCUUCACAUCAGAAACUAUACCAGUGUCCUCCUCUACAGACUGGCAAGCGGCUUUUGGGUUUGGUUCCUCCAAACAACAAGAGGAUGACUUAGGGUUUGACCCCUUUGACAUCACCCGCAAAGCCUUAGCAGACCUGAUUGAGAAGGAACUGUCAGUCCAAGACCAACCUUCCCUCUCGCCUACAUCUCUUCAGAACCCCACCCCACACACUACAGCUGCCAAAGGGCCAGGCUCUGGAUUCCUGCAUCCUGCUGCACCCACAAAUGCCAACUCUCUGAGUAGCACCUUUCCAGUCAUGCCACAGAGGUUCCCGCAGUUUCAACAGCACCGAGCAGUUUACAACUCCUUCAGUUUUCCAGGCCAAGCAGCUCGCUAUCCUUGGAUGGCCUUCCCACGCAAUAGCAUCAUGCACUUGAACCACACAGCAAAUCCCACCUCAAAUAGUAAUUUCUUGGACUUGAAUCUCCCGCCACAGCACAGCACAGGUCUGGGAGGGAUCCCUAUAUCAGACAACAGCAGUUCUGUAGAGAGUUUAAAUAUGAAGGAAUGGCAGGACGGGCUAAGGGCACUUCUACCGAACAUUAACAUCAACUUUGGUGGACUGCCCAAUGCUUCUUCCCCCUCCAACGCCAACCACAGUGUACCAACGUCCAACACUGCCACCACCGACAGCCUGAAUUGGGACAGCCCUGGCAGCUGGAUGGACCCCGCAAUCAUCACAGGUAUCCCAGCCUCCACAGGAAACAGUUUAGACACCCUUCAAGAUGACAAUCCUCCACAUUGGCUAAAAUCUCUUCAGGCCCUCACAGAGAUGGACGGCCCAAGCGCAGCGCCGUCACAGACACACCACAGUAACCCCUUCGGCACACAGAUCCCGCUGCACAGAGCCAGUUGGAAUCCCUACUCUCCUCCUUCAAACCCCACCAGCUUCCACUCCCCCCCACCAGGCUUUCAGACAGCCUUCAGACCCCCCAGUAAAACCCCCACAGAUCUACUACAGAGCUCAGCGCUGGAUCGUCAUUAGGAAAGGAGGAAGAAGGAGGAAAAAAAAAAAAAAAACGUUAGAAAUGCAGGAAGUGUCCCACCCUGACUCCUCCCCAUGCCCACCUACUGUUUCCCCCUCAUAUCUUUCUUUCUGAAGAAUCCAGUUCCUGAUCAAACCUCCCCCCCAAAUGCAAUGCGAUCACAGGGUCAUCACCGUCUUUUUGUUAAGUUUCUGCUGAGCCAGUGUUUGAAAUACACUGUUUGAAAUAUUUCCUAAAAUAUUCUAAGAAAAAAGAGAGAGAGAAAUCAAAAUGCAGUCUCAAUGCUUAAAGAGAAUAUUACUGCCUUAACGUCUUUUGCACAUGAGUAUUUCUGCCUAGUGGAAAAGUGUCAAUCUACAGUAGGGGAAAAAUGCAAUGGAGAAUCAAAUGCAGAAACCGGAAAAAGGUAUUUAAUUUAAAUGAAGUUACUGAACAUGUGGGCCAAGCAGUGGCCUAGCAUUUAUUUUGCAUUCAGUGUGGCACUACACAGGGAAAUAGCUUUCUUUUCUUUUUUUUUUUUUUUUGGAAAGGGGGACUUUAUUGUAUCAGUCAGUAAGAGGUUUGACAUGAAGUGUGUUGAAAGACAAAACAUACUUAUAGUUAUGAGUAACUGGCAUGUUGCUAAAGAGUGGUUUAAAGAGGGGAGAAUAAGGUUUUUUUAAUUUUGGCUUUAGAUUUAAAGUAAACUUUAAUGUUUUAAAAGUAUUCACAGAUUUAAUACCUAGCGUAUACAUAAUAUAAUUAUAAGCAGCUGAAACAUGAGUGAUAUUUACUUCAGUCUUUGUCUCCUCUGUCAGUCUCUCUUUCUUUUUUUUUAAAAAAACAAAGAUUCACCUGAUAAGGGCACUCUGGGAUAGCACUGCAUUGGGGCCACAUGAUCACCAUCAGGAGCGCAACCUCUGACCUCCUCUGCCUGCAGCUUUUACUUAACCCUGUAGUUUCUGGACGUUUGUGCAGUAUUGAAAAGACAGGAGAAAGAAACAUAAAUAAACAUGGUUAUAACCUGACGCUAAAACUAAAACCAAGGAAAUGUACCUCUUUCUUCAGAAUUAAAACUAAAAUCUUAAAUAAAACAGAAAACUUGAUGAUGA